AUGGACACUGACCACGAAAGCAGCCGAAGAUCGUCCGCCAAACGACCUCGAACGGAAGCAGCUGCAGCUUUCGGAACGAUACCAGUCCCAGCAGAAGCAGAAGCAGAAGCAGAAGUAGAAGCACCAACUUCCACAGUCUCUGGAUCAUUGCCCAUGUCAACCCAACAGUCCAUCGAGUCUUUGUUAUCCAUUCCUGUCGCUGUGGUUUUUCGCACAUGUUCCUCCCAAAAAGGUCGACCAUUAUUGACGCGUGCUGAAGCCGAGUGUUUCCUGCGAAUAUCCUUCUUGGCUCAAGAGAUUGACACCCUUGUUGGAUCGUCAGAGUCUCUAUUUUUGCAACAGCAGUACUAUAGCCAAUACACACGGGAUCUCUUAUCAUCAUCUUUGAGUUCUUCUUCGCAGCCAUCAUCAUCCUCUCAAAACAGUCAUGCUCCAAGUGAAAAUCAAAAUACUACUCGAACGCAAACGGUCUACCCGCUCAACCCAAUGUUGCGACCUCUUCUUCCCAUUCUGAACUUCCUGCAAGAAAAAUCAGCGCCAACCCUUCAACGGAUUCAUCAAACACUCAGUCAUUUGUCAGCCGAAUUGAUUGGUUGUUCCUCCAUUUUGCGACAGUCUGCGGAACAAAACUGGACAAUGGCAGAUGCUUUGGACGCUAUGCAACAGGAUUCCACCGAGGAAGGACCUGCCUUGUCGGACGAAAAAAGAAAAGUAGCCGAUUUGGAAGAAGAACUCUGUCAACGCAUUGAGCGAGUGGUGGGCAUGUCGCAGGUGGAAGGUGAAUCCUCUUCAGCGAAAUUGUCACAAUCUUCCCAGGACAAUCGGUACCGUCGCAAAUUGUUUGGGGAGAACGACGACCAACAAUUCGACACCGAAGGGGGUCCACAAGGAAAUGGUGGUGAAAAGGACCAUUCGGAACAAGAUCAUUCCGAUAACACAAGCAAUGAUGGAAAGGAUGGGGUGGAUCAACAAUAUGCUUUGGAUUUGAAACCAAUUUUAGAGUAUUGUUCGGAAUUGUUUGAUGAUGUUCUGCAGACGGGUGGGUCGCAGGAAGAAUCAAUAGACGAUGAAAAUGGCGAUGGCGCAAAUAGCAAUGAAAAUGGUACUGAUGAGAGAAUGCACGUGGACGAAUCAUCAUCACAAGGGGAGAGGGGAGAAACUUCUCGGAAUGGCAAUGUAGGGGAGCAGUCGAGCGAAAACGACGGCAAUGCAAGUCAGGAUGAUGGUGUAGCCGAAAGUGGUGGAAAUGGUGAAAUGGAAGUGGAUCCAGUAGAGACUAGAGCCGAAUCAUCUCAAACGCGCAACAAUAUCUCGACGGAUAUGCGCCACGAGGUGGAGAAUGAUGACAAUCACAUCGCUGCCACAGAAGAUAGCAACACAGGCCAUGAGAACCAUGAACAAGGAACCAUGGAAAUUGAGAAUGCAUUGCCGGAAAGCAUCUCGAGCAACGCAAUGGUGGACGCUAAAGAAGCUGCAACUACAGUGGACGAAGAAGUGGAAGAAUACCCGCCAAGUCAAGAGACUGAUCUGCAAUCUGGUCGGUCCCGCGAGAGGAGUCAAGGAAACUCCUUCUCCUUGCAGAACAACAUUCCAUCGCCCAAUGAAAAUGAAAAGCAUCCAGCCGUUUUGCUCCCUCCCAUUACAACACAGCCAGAAGGAAGCUCGUUUCCACUCACUGCCGAAGAUGACAUUGAAGAAGACGAUGAUGAUGAAGAUGUUGAUGACGAUGAUGAUGACGAUCGGAGCCAAAGGCCAAUGUGCUCGCAACGAACAUCCUCUGCUGCCGAGGCGCUGGCAAUUCUGGGAAACGUUUCGAGGUUUCCGACCAAAGAUGUUAGUCUCUUUUAG